AUGGAAGUGGACGGCGAGGCUGCUGCAGCAGCAGCAGUUGCAGCAGAUGCUGCACCAGCCCCAGCGCAUACCGCCCGCAGCAGCAGCAGCAGCAGCAGCAGCGAACAUCUGCAGCUGCCUGCUUCGCAUGUGCAGCGCAUAGUGAAGCAGCAGCUAGCAGCAGAAGGCCUCCGCGCAGACAGAAGAGCUGCUGCUGCUCUUGGCCGCUGCGCUGCACUCUUUCUAGUUUAUGUUGCAGACGCUGCUGCUGCUGCAGCAGCAGCAGCAAAACGCCAAACCACUGACGCCCGCGAUGUCAUUGAGGCCCUCUUGCUGCUGGGGUUCCCAGAAGUGGCUGAAGAAGUGCAGCAGCAGCAGCAGCAGCAGAAGCAGCAGAAGCCGCAGCAGCAGAAGCAGCAGAAGCAGCAGCGGAAAGACGAGCUCAUCGAUCUAGAGGAGGAAGUGGAAGCAGCCCCAUUAGCAACACCUGCAGCAGCAGCAGCAGCAGCGGCAACAACAGCAGCAGCAGCAGCAGACACAGCUGCUUACAGCUCAGAAGCAAUCCUAGAAAGCUUCGAGUUUGAUGCAGAUCGUCUAGAUGAAAUUGCUGCUGCUGCUGCAGCAAAAGCAGCAGCAUUAGGAGGCCCAGGGGCCCCAGUAGCGCCCACUGUGCCUCUUGCUGCUGCAGCAGAAACAAAUGAGCGCAGCAGCAGCAGCAGCAGCAGCAGCAAUGAUGCUGCGGUGCAUGCAGACACGUUGGCCGAGCUGAUAGACGAAAGUUUAGAAAUGUAA